AUGGCUCAAUCACCUCCGUGUCCGACUCUAAUGGCUCCAGUACCACAACAACUAUUACCAAGACUACUAGUGAACACAGAACAACCUACAAUAAUACAACGACAUCAUCCGUUACCAGUAACACAACAACUAUUACCAAGACUACUAGUGAACACAGAACAACCUACCAUAAUACCACCACAUCAUCCGUUACCAGUACCACAACAACUAAUACCAAGACUACCAGUGAACACAGAACAACCUACCAUAAUACCACCACAUCAUCCGUUACCAGUACCACAACAACUAAUACCAAGACUACCAGUGAACACAGAACAACCUACCAUAAUACCACCACAUCAUCCGUUACCAGUACCACAACAACUAAUACCAAGACUACCAGUGAACACAGAACAACCUACCAUAAUACAACGACAUCAUCCGUUACCAGUACCACAACAACUAUUACCAAGACUACUAGUGAACACAGAACAACCUACAAUAAUACAACGACAUCAUCCGUUACCAGUACCACAACAACUAUUACCAAGACUACUAGUGAACACAGAAAAACCUACCAUAAUACUACCACAUCAUCCGUUACCAGUACCACAACAACUAAUACCAAGACUACCAGUGAACACAGAACAACCUACCAUAAUACCACCACAUCAUCCGUUACCAGUACCACAACAACUAAUACCAAGACUACCAGUGAACACAGAACAACCUACCAUAAUACCACCACAUCAUCCGUUACCAGUACCACAACAACUACUACCAAGACUACCAGUGAACACAGAACAACCUACCAUAAUACAACGACAUCAUCCGUUACCAGUACCACAACAACUAUUACCAAGACUACUAGUGAACACAGAACAACCUACAAUAAUACCACCACAUCAUCCGUUACCAGUACCACAACAACUAUUACCAAGACUACUAGUGAACACAGAACAACCUACCAUAAUACCACCACAUCAUCCGUUACCAGUACCACAACAACUAAUACCAAGACUACCAGUGAACACAGAACAACCUACCAUAAUACCACCACAUCAUCCGUUACCAGUACCAACACAACUAAUACCAAGACUACCAGUGAACACAGAACAAAGGCGAACCGUCCGAUGCCAACAACUACUACCAAGACUACCAGUGAACACAGAACAACCUACCAUAAUACAACGACAUCAUCCGUUACCAGUACCACAACAACUAUUACCAAGACUACUAGUGAACACAGAACAACCUACAAUAAUACAACGACAUCAUCCGUUACCCGUAACACAACAACUAUUACCAAGACUACUAGUGAACACAGAACAACCUACCAUAAUACAACGACAUCAUCCGUUACCAGUACCACAACAACUAUUACCAAGACUACUAGUGAACACAGAACAACCUACAAUAAUACAACGACAUCAUCCGUUACCAGUACCACAACAACUAUUACCAAGACUACUAGUGAACACAGAACAACCUACCAUAAUACCACCACAUCAUCCGUUACCAGUACCACAACAACUAAUACCAAGACUACCAGUGAACACAGAACAACCUACCAUAAUACCACCACAUCAUCCGUUACCAGUACCACAACAACUAAUACCAAGACUACCAGUGAACACAGAACAACCUACCAUAAUACAACGACAUCAUCCGUUACCAGUACCACAACAACUAUUACCAAGACUACUAGUGAACACAGAACAACCUACAAUAAUACAACGACAUCAUCCGUUACCAGAAACACAACAACUAUUACCAAGACUACUAGCGAACACAGAACAACCUACAAUAAUACAACGACAUCAUCCGUUACCAGUACCACAACAACUAAUACCAAGACUACCAGUGAACACAGAACAACCUACCAUAAUACCACCACAUCAUCCGUUAACAGUACCACAACAACUAAUACCAAGACUACCAGUGAACACAGAACAACCUACCAUAAUACCACCACAUCAUCCGUUACCAGUACCACAACAACUAAUACCAAGACUACCAGUGAACACAGAACAACCUACCAUAAUACAACGACAUCAUCCACUACUAGUGAACACAGAACAACCUACCAUAAUACCACCACAUCAUCCGUUACCAGUACCACAACAACUAAUACCAAGACUACCAGUGAACACAGAACAACCUACCAUAAUACCACCACAUCAUCCGUUACCAGUACCACAACAACUAAUACCAAGACUACCAGUGAACACAGAACAACCUACCAUAAUACCACCACAUCAUCCGUUACCAGUACCACAACAACUACUACCAAGACUACCAGUGAACACAGAACAACCUACCAUAAUACAACGACAUCAUCCGUUACCAGUACCACAACAACUAUUACCAAGACUACUAGUGAACACAGAACAACCUACAAUAAUACAACGACAUCAUCCGUUACCAGUACCACAACAACUAUUACCAAGACUACUAGUGAACACAGAACAACCUACCAUAAUACCACCACAUCAUCCGUUACCAGUACCACAACAACUAAUACCAAGACUACCAGUGAACACAGAACAACCUACCAUAAUACCACCACAUCAUCCGUUACCAGUACCACAACAACUAAUACCAAGACUACCAGUGAACACAGAACAACCUACCAUAAUACCACCACAUCAUCCGUUACCAGUACCACAACAACUAAUACCAAGACUACCAGUGAACACAGAACAACCUACCAUAAUACCACCACAUCAUCCGUUACCAGUACCACAACAACUAAUACCAAGACUACCAGUGAACACAGAACAACCUACCAUAAUACAACGACAUCAUCCGUUACCAGUACCACAACUACUAUUACCAAGACUACUAGUGAACUCAGAACAACCUACAAUAAUACCACGACAUCAUCCGUUACCAGUAACACAACAACUAUUACCAAGACUACUAGCGAACACAGAACAACCUACAAUAAUACAACGACAUCAUCCGUUACCAGUAUCACAACAACUACUACCAAGACUACUAGUGAACACAGAACAACCUACAAUAAUACCACGACAUCAUCCGUUACCAGUACCACAACAACUAUUACCAAGACUACUAGUGAACACAGAACAACCUACAAUAAUACAACGACAUCAUCCGUUACCAGUACCACAACAACUAUUACCAAGACUACUAGUGAACACAGAACAACCUACAAUAAUACCACGACAUCAUCCGUUACCAAAUAGUGACUUUGUUGUUAUAUUCGAGUUCUCUAGCAGUGUGAUGACCAAGGAGACUGGACAAAGGCUGCAGUGGGUGACACUAGGUCCGGCACACGACAGCUCGGCUACCUCGAGGACAAAGGGCGACAAAUCGAUUACCCAGCGCACAGCUGCUCGUAGUCACCUGUCCGGUGGCGCCCCGCCGAGCUCGGCGCCCUGCAAACAACGUCCUCUACAGGAGCUAAUAAUCACUUCUCCGACAGAAUCAGAACUGGUCGGCAGGAGAGUUGCUGGCAACGCCAGUUUGGCGUCAGCAUCCCCAACGUUUCCUGCACCGUUCCCAGCUCCGCUUGCCGAAGGAGAUCCUAAAUGGGGAAACUCCUUAGUGCAUUUGAACUUUGAAGGGCGCAGGUGGCGGAGAUGUCCUCACAUUUUUCGGUGGUGGCGACCUCUGAACCUUGGAGCUACGGACAAAAGGGUUCUGCUCCACUUCCAACGUCUUUUCUGGCUCAUUUGA